UGCAAUUGCAAGUGUCGAUCAGCAGACUCCGUCUAUGGAUGACGACGCUGUCAAACAAGCAGAGCAAGCGUCCGAACCAGAACUGUCAGACAAGGCCGACACUGAGCUUGAAACCUUAUCGAAACCAGAACAAGUGCCAGAAAACCAGGAAGAAGAAGUACUUGAAACUGCGGUCGAGACCGAGACUCAGGACGAAGAAUCGACCGUCUCAGUGAUCAAAACUGACGAGCCUGCUUCCUUGGAAAUCCAGGAAACUGACACCAAAGAACCAGCACACGUGGAUAGCAAGCCAAUUAGUCCGGAGGAAGAAACGGAAACUCCGAUUGCAGUUCCACACGUUGUUGAAGCGUCAGAGGAACAAAUUGUGGAGCAGAUCACAGUUCAAUCUGAGUCAAUUCCAGCUGAUGGAGUCAAAUCAGACGAACUGGUGCAGACUCCAGAAACGCAAACAGAUCAAACUCUCGAGCCAGAGAUUACUCUGCAAGAUUCCGAUUCAAAACCACUAACAAUUACAGAAACCAAAGACGUUCAGGCCGAAAAAUCGGUCUCCACUGACACUGAAAAGGAAACGGAAGCUAUUUCCAUCGCAGAUACGACCGUUCUAGCUCCAGAGGUUUCUGGAAUCGAACCUCAAGAACCAGAAAUUGUCAAAGAAACGACUCAAUCAAAAUUGACUGUAAGCGAGAGUGAAACUGAAGCUGUGCAAGACGAAAACUUGAUUGCAAUUGCAAGUGUCGAUCAGCAGACUCCGUCUAUGGAUGACGACGCUGUCAAACAAGCAGAGCAAGCGUCCGAACCAGAACUGUCAGACAAGGCCGACACUGAGCUUGAAACCUUAUCGAAACCAGAACAAGUGCCAGAAAACCAGGAAGAAGAAGUACUUGAAACUGCGGUCGAGACCGAGACUCAGGACGAAGAAUCGACCGUCUCAGUGAUCAAAACUGACGAGCCUGCUUCCUUGGAAAUCCAGGAAACUGACACCAAAGAACCAGCACACGUGGAUAGCAAGCCAAUUAGUCCGGAGGAAGAAACGGAAACUCCGAUUGCAGUUCCACACGUUGUUGAAGCGUCAGAGGAACAAAUUGUGGAGCAGAUCACAGUUCAAUCUGAGUCAAUUCCAGCUGAUGGAGUCAAAUCAGACGAACUGGUGCAGACUCCAGAAACGCAAACAGAUCAAACUCUCGAGCCAGAGAUUACUCUGCAAGAUUCCGAUUCAAAACCACUAACAAUUACAGAAACCAAAGACGUUCAGGCCGAAAAAUCGGUCUCCACUGACACUGAAAAGGAAACGGAAGCUAUUUCCAUCGCAGAUACGACCGUUCUUGUGAUCAAAACUGACGAGCCUGCUUCCUUGGAAAUCCAGGAAACUGACACCAAAGAACCAGCACAUGUGGAUAGCAAGCCAAUUAGUCCGGAGGAAGAAACGGAAACUCCGAUUGCAGUUCCACACGUUGUUGAAGCGUCAGAGGAACAAAUCGUGGAGCAGAUCAAAGUUCAAUCUGAGUCAAUUCCAGCUGAUGGAGUCAAAUCAGACGAAGUGGUGCAGACUCCAGAAAAGCAUUCCGAACAAAGUCUCGAGCCAGAAAAUUUGUUAUUAGAAAUUGUAGAUAUCUUUCUGAUGUGA